UGACUCGGAAGUAUAAAUCCUUCUCGUACAGCUGCUGUGUCUCUCUCCGGACUGUACUUUAUGUUUAGCUUUCUAGUGGGUACAUACAUGACACAAUGUCAAUUCCAUACAUGGAAAAGCUUACCCGUCUUUACCAGCAAUACCAGGAAUAUGUGACGAAGAAUCCGUCGUCCACGGCGCAGUUGGAGAGCACUGUCCGCACUCUGUCUUACCUCAUUGCUGGGCGCUUCGCAGAUUCCCAUGUACUCUCAGAGCUGGUGUACUCGGCCUCCAACCUGCUGGUCCUGCUGAAUGAUGGGAUACUGCGACGGGGCCAGAGCCGAGCUCUACCCAUGUCCCUGUCCCAGCAGAAGCUGCUCACCUGGCUGUCAGUGCUGGAGUCCGUGGAGGUCUUCUGCGAGAUGGGAGCUGCCAGACUCUGGGGCGAAGGAGGCCGCUGGCUGGUCAUCGUCCUCAUCCAGAUCGCCAAAGCAGUCCUGCGAAUUCUGCUGCUGUUCUGGUACAAGUCUGGGAUCCAGACAUCUCCUCCCAUCAUGCCCCUGGACAGAGAAACAGAGCUCCAAGCCCAAGAAGGCAGUGAUCAGGACGGAGAGGCAGACACUGCCUUUGUGGGCCAGCGAUCUGGAAGAGUGAUGCGGCCUCUGGGCAGCGUGCCUUCCCUUCACACCCGUCUUUGGGGAGCCCCCCGGCAGGAGAGGAGACGGGCCAGCCCUGAGGAGGAACUCUACCCUGCCCCCACUCCCCUGGGCCUGCAGGAGACCAUCGCAGAGUCCCUGUUCAUCAGCCGGCCACUGGUGCACCUGCUCUGUCUGGGACUUUGUGGAAGAAAGUCAUGGAAGCCAUGGAUAAUUUCUGGACUCCUGGAAAUAACAAGUUUUGGCCUGAUGAAUGAAAUGAAGUCUCUGAACCGACGGGAACGGGCAGAGAGGAAACGCAGAGCGUUCCUGCUGCUCUACUACCUGCUGAGAUCCCCGUUCUAUGACAGAUACUCAGAAGGAAGGAUUUUGUUUCUGCUGCGAUUUCUUGCGGAGUAUGUGCCAGGUGUCGGCUUGGUAGCACGUCCUCUGAUGGACUACCUACCUGUGUGGCAGAAGAUUUAUUUUUACAACUGGGGAUGAAGUCGUCAAAACAGGAACAUGAAAUUUUGGUGAAGGGCAAAUGUUUCAGAGAUGAAUGAGGACUAUGUGUUGUUAAAUCCCGAGGACUCAAUGCAUGGUGCCAGGGACCUCACCUGUUCAACAGACUCUUCUGCUCAUUGAAUUCCAGGGGUAAAUUACACUUUGGUGUGUCUCAGUAAA